AGUUUCGUAGUGACCGCCGUUAAAUAUAGUUUAGCUUUGUGGGAGAAGUUCGGUAGCUCGUGUUUGUGUGCGCUGACUACAAUAUUGUAGUAUUGGAGAGCAGUUCAUAUUUCAAAUAUUAAUUUGUGAAUAAAUAUAUAUAUUUGUAUGUAAAAAAAAAUAUUAAAAAAAAGUGUUUCCAGUGAAAGUGAAAUGAAAAAGUGUUAAAAAAUUUGAGGCAGCUAGCAAAACAAAAGAUAUAUUGGCUGCCGAUAAGUGUACGGCUGAUCCUGAACUAAGUGCUUUGAGUACAAUAGUUCAAAUUUACAAGUAACCCACGGAAAUAACAGUGCAAAAAGCAUAAGCAACAACAACGGCCCUACAUUAUCCUACCAUUUAUUAAUUUUUACCAUCUUCUUUAUCUAUGGUUCACCAUAAGAGCUCAUUGUUAAAAGUGCAAUAAAACGGUAGGCAUAAAAGAACUCACGAGAAGUAGUGGAAAUCCUGCAAAAGGAAUUCACUAGAAAUAUUUUUUCAUCCUCUUCUAAAACAAAGCCGUUAAAGAUGUGAAAAAUUUUCAACUAGAUAGUCUUCACUCGCAAUAAAGCUGGCAGUGUGUGCAAAGCAUAAAAAUUAAAAGUUAAUUCUAAGGCAAAAAAAAUAAAAAAGUUGUACCCGGAAAGUUGAUGUGUUAAAGAUAGCAGUGUGUCGCUUCCUAACGGAACUAUUAAGUAAAACUUAAGGAAAAGCACGCCUUUCUAUUUUAUCGCAGUGCAAGUGUUAUAAAAUAGUGCAUGGAUUAACUCAAUAUUGUCGCUCUUUUGCACUUAAUCUUGGAUACAUAAUCUUCUUUAACUAUUGGCGAUAGCAAAUCAUGAUCCUACGACUAUGCAGAUAAAAAUAAUGAAUACAAAAAUGCACUUCUGGGUCGUCCUAUUGAUGACAAUUUUCAUUGAGAAUACAUCGGUGGCGAAACGUCUGAACGCCAGUCAAGCUUUCGAUGAUACGUGGAACACCGCCUCCGAUUUGGAAAAUGAGCUCGAACAAAAGCGUGCCAAAAGCAGCAGCAGCAGCAUCUCAUCAUCGUCGGGCAGCAAAGAUGGCCAAUGGUCGGGCUGGUCGGAGUGGUCGACCUGUUCACGUACCUGCGAUGGCGGCAUUAUGCAACAAAUACGCCGCUGCUACAACACAAAUGGCUGCAAGGGCGAAAGCGUACGCUAUCGCAUCUGCAACAUGCAGCCGUGUCCGGAGCAGCAAGACUUUCGUGCGCAUCAGUGUGCCGCCUACAAUGACGUGCCCUACGAUGGUACACUCUACACGUGGACGCCGCAUUACGACUAUGUGGAGCCAUGCGCGUUGACAUGCAGAGGCCGUCCAGCACAUUUACAUUUGGGAGACACCUCAUCAUCGGAAGGUGUUGAGGAUCCCGAACACUAUGAUGAUCAUGUGAUCGUGCAACUGUCGGCGCGUGUACAAGAUGGCACACGCUGUCGAACGGGCAGUCUCGAUAUGUGCAUACAGGGUAAAUGCCAGCGCGUCGGCUGUGACUUAAAAAUCGGUUCGACGAAAAAGAUUGACAGCUGUGGCGUUUGUGGUGGAGACAGCAGCUCCUGUUCACAGCCACUUUACUAUUGGGAGACAGCGCCAACAACGCAGUGUUCGGUGACAUGUGGCGGAGGCUACAAAAUGUCUCAACCGUUGUGUCGAAAUCGUGUCACUGGCGUUGAAGUCGAGGACUCCAUGUGCGGUCCGCAACGACCGGAACCAUCGGUGCUUCUCUGCAACACGCACACCUGCCCACCAAGGUGGAUCACUGAUGAUUGGAGUCCAUGCAGUCGUCUCUGCGGACCUGGCUACCGUGAGCGCAUGGUGGUGUGUGCGGAGGAGAAUAACGGUAUCAAAACAACGGUACUGGAUGUGACGUGUCGUGCGCCAAAACCAGCCACACAGGAGCCAUGCAUGAUUGAGAAGUGCCCAACGUGGGAGGUGGAAGAGUGGACUGGAUGCUCGGUAACCUGUGGACAAGGCUUGCAAAUGCGUGGAGUUGAAUGUAAAUCGGCCGAUGGCAGACACAGCGCCAAAUGCGACCCACUUACGAAGCCCGCAUCGGUGCAGCAAUGCUCGACGGUGGUCUCAUGUGACGCUGGCGGUGGCACGAUUAUACUUGGCAGCAGCGGACCUCUCGUAGCGUCGAAUGAUGGUGAUCUCGAUGAGGACGACGAAGAGGAUGACGAUGACUCGGCGGAUGUUGAUGAUGUAGAGGAGGGCGCUGAUGAUUCCGGUGAUGCCCGCCAUGGUGAUGCCGGCUUGGUGACGUAUCAUGAUGAUUCUGCAUCACAGUACGCACAUCGCUCAGUCAGUCAUCUGCAUCAUGAAGAACCCCAGCAGCCACGUGCUGAGCGCCUUACUGGUGGCGGUGGCGGUUAUGGUUAUCGUAGUAGUUCGGAUCCUGAGCCGGAGGUGCCUGUCGGAGAUCCAAGCUUCGUCAAAGACAGCGAGUGGUCACCGUGCAGUGUCACCUGUGGUGAGGGGGUACGCCGACGAAUCUAUCGUUGCAAAAUCUUUCUCGAAUACUCGCGCACUAUCGCAACUGUCAAUGAUUCAUUAUGCGAGGGCAUUAAACCACACGAUGAAGUGGAGCGUUGUGUCGAGGAACCAUGUAUGCUGCCCUCACACGUUUACGAUGAUCAAUAUCCACGCGACUCUAUCAAGGUGGGCGUCUCUGAACCAGGUAAAACGUAUGUGUGGCGUGAACAGGGUUACACCUCGUGCAGUGCAAGUUGCUUGGGAGGCGUGGAAGAAUUGAUAAUAAAUUGUGUGCGCGAAGAUAAUGGACGCGUGGUAUCGCCAUUCCUGUGUACGCCCGAAACGAAACCAGAAGCACGUGUACGUACUUGCAACGAUAGACCUUGCCCACCGCGCUGGAAUUACUCCGACUACACACCCUGCUCGAAAUCAUGUGGCAUUGGCAUAAAGACACGCGAAGUACAAUGCAUACACGAAGUAACGCGUGGUGGCGAGAACACCAUGGUCGUGCCGAAUAGCAUGUGCCCACAACCACCACCAGCCGAUCGCCAGUAUUGCAAUGUGCUCGACUGUCCGGUGCGUUGGGAGGUAGGCGAAUGGUCGAAAUGCUCACACACUUGCGGUUAUGGCAUCAAGGAGCGUAAAGUAGAGUGUAAACAGAUUAUGGCGCAAGAACACAAAAUCGAGCGACCUGAAUCCAUGUGUCCGAGUGCCAAACCGCCAGAUAAGAAACCUUGUAAUGUGAAACCCUGUCCACUGGAGGAUCCCAAACCCGUCAUACAAGUCAGCAAUACAACGCAUAUACAACACGAUCCGAAAAAAACAAAGAUCACAUUGAAAGUGGGUGGUGCCGGUGUGGUAUUCUUUGGCACACAGGUGAAAAUAAAGUGUCCCGUUAAACGUUAUAACCGUACUAAGAUAAAGUGGAGUAAGGAUCACAAGCCUUUGGCACGUUCACGUAAAUUCAAAGUGUCUAAGAAAGGUGCUCUGCGUAUUUUGGAUAUAACAUUCCGUGAUGCUGGUGUUUAUUCAUGUCAUGCGGGACACAGUUCGGCAGAGAUCACCAUUGAUGUGAAGGCGAAACCUGGACAACAACCCGAAGAGCUGAAAUUGCAGGAAUCAGAACGUCUUGUUCAUGAACGUGAAGGCACGGAAGCUUUGACAUCUGCCGAUAUGAUCACAGCUGGAGAAAAUACAAACAGCUCUCAGAGCACUCGACGCAAGCAGCAAGGAGCACGUGAAAGUAAUCGACGUUCGAAAAAUGAUCAGGCACAAAACGUAGACGGCAAUAUUUUGGAGAAUGAGCAGUCGCAAUUAAUACAGCAGGUCAGCGAAGAUGGCGGUGGCGCGCCGAAAUCCACAAGCGCCAGCAAUGGCGGCAGUCGCGCCAAUGUUCUACUAGCGAUGCCAUAUUUUCAGGCGCUACUCAGCAACUUGCAGCAUUUGUGGCCUUUUCAGAAAUUUGGCAAUUCGAAAGGACAUCACAUGCUGUUCGACAAGGGUCUACAAUUUGGCAUAGACUUAGAAAAUUUUGAACAGGACGAGCCGAUGCGACCACAAAUCGACAAUGGAGAUUUGCGGACCCUUGCAACGUCAGAUGUAUUUGCUCCAUCAUCGCUAACAACUGUAGAAGACACCAAUGACGGCAGCAUCACCAACUUUAACACUGACGGCAAUGAGUGGCACGAACAGGAAGCAACAGACCAUAUAAGCGUCAUCACUAGCACAGCAACAACGCUGCCAACAAUUGGUAAUGCCGUUGGCGUAACGCACGAAGCCGAUUCACCACAUUCACCGCACCACAGAUGGCAGAAGCAGGGCGAACCGGAGACAGCCACGGUAGCCACCAGUAACCAUGUCACGUACGAAUGGCGCAUCGGCGACUGGUCGGCGUGUUCAGAGAAGUGCGGCAAUGCAGGUGGCGCUGGUUUACGGAGUCGCUCCGUAACUUGCCUGCGUUUGCGCCACCACACGCCCACACACAAUGCGUUGGAAUCACACGUGGAAGCGGACAUCGAAACGGUCAACAAUGCAUACUGUGAGGAUUAUGGACUAAGCGUUCCUGACACGUUCGAGAUGUGCGGUCAGGAAGAGUGUGCCCAUUGGGAGGCUGGUGAGUGGACUUUGUGUCAGCGUUCGCGUUGCUUUGGACGCAACACGGCCAUCCAGAAACGCGAGGUUAAAUGUCGCUUUGCGAAUGGCACUGAGGCGACGGAUGCCUGCAGUGUGUCACAGCGUCCCAUUAGUCGACAGGAGUGCUAUAGUGAGCGGUGCAAGGGAGUUUGGCGCGUAGAGCCAUGGUCCGAGUGCAAUGCGCAAUGCGGUCGCCAGGGAAUUAAAUACCGCAUUUUACAGUGUGUUUGGUAUGGCACGCGCCGACCAGCGGGCAAUGCUUGUCGCCAUCAACCGCGUCCAGCAGUUAUGAAAGUCUGCAAGAGUCCGCCAUGCUUUGUAAAAACUUUUGAUCAAUGCAAGGACACUUCACGCUAUUGCCGCAACGUACGGUCGAUGGGUUUGUGCAGAUUACACCGUUAUCAAGAGAAAUGCUGCAAGUCCUGCCAAUUCAAUGCAUAUUACAAUUAACAACAACAACAGACAUGGCAAGGCAAAGCAAAAGUGUAAAAGUCAAGGCUACAAGGCAAAAGCAAAGCUAAAGCACGACUAAAACAACACAAAUAACUUACAUAAAUAACCGAAGCUCACGAACUACACAAACGAAGGCAAAUAAAUGCGAAUAUUCAAUGGAUUAUCGAACAUUAAUGCAAAAUUGAAGUGGAGUGAAAGUAAUAAAAUAGUAAUAAUAAUAAUAAAGGUGCUCAAUACAAAUUCACGAAGCGAAAAAUGUUAUUAAAAGCACAUACAAACAUACACAUACGUACUGGAAAAACCGAAAAGCGUGCAAUUGAAGUGCAUGAUUUGCCAGCAAACAAAUUACUGCUUAAUAAGCAAUUAUUUAUAAGGUAAAUAUUUGCGGGCAUUGAUUUGAAUAAAGGCAAAUAAAUAAUACUAACAAAAGCAAAACCAAAUAAAAACUCACUAACUAUCGAUUGCUUUAUACAAAAUUGUUUAAACACACAAGUGCAUGCAUGCAAACUUUCAAUAUAGGUACAUACAUACAAAGAACUUUUCUUUUACGUUCUCUGAUACAUAAAUGAUAUGGCAACUACAACGUUACAACAAGUUGCGGCAGUUGCAGAUUGAGGUAACAAAAGAACACAUACACAUUAAACUAAUGCAAAAGCUUAUAAACACACAUAAUUUGCAACAAAUGCGUUUAUAGUAGCAGCAGCCUCACAUGAAAUGCAGAUAGUGAAACAAAAUUAAAAAAAUGCACUAAAUAAUAAAUAGAAAUUGUUAUAUUUGUGGUUUUGUGCACACAUAUACAUAUAUACCAUACAUACAAACAUGUAAGCUAAUUCAUUAUUACAAAGCGAAUGUGUGUUUUUGCCUGUGUAAAUAUAUAAAUAUUUAAAUGAGAAAAUUACUUCAAAAUUAAGCAUAAUUUAGAUAUAAACAACCGCCUUAAGAUAUAAAUAAUUUUUAUUUUCGCUUUUAAGCGACUUUUACGUGCAUUAACGCUGAUAUCACAUAUUAUUUAGAAGUUAAUUUUACAAUUCAAAUGAGUCAAUUGGCACUUUGACCGUAUAUUGAUUAGUAUAGAUAAUUUGCUAAAUGACCAAACUAAGGUAGUCUUUGAACCGCCCGACCGAUCCUUAUAUAUCUUACUAAUCUGUUUAUUGAGCCUGUCUUAUAUAAUAUUAGCUAUAUAUUGCUUAUCGCUAGCGAUAUAGCGCAUAUUGAUUGAUGUUAGUGAAAUAUAAUUCCGGAGUUAGCCAAUUCAAACUCUAACAGAUAGACUAAAUAGAAAAGCAAACUAUCCACUAUUUCUCACCUCUAAUAACCAAACCUUAGUAAAAUAUUAGAGUGGUGCUUAGUUUUUAUUUCAAAUAUUUUAUUUUUGCAAUUCCAUAUCCAAAGGCAACCCUAAUUACACUAUUUAGCCAAUUUCUGUGAAUGCCUAAUAAUUAUACUCAAUUUACCAUAUAAUGGUGCAUUAUAAGCUGAUUCAACAAGCAAAGCAUGUAUUAUAAAAUCUUUAUAUAUUAAAAGGUUUAGUAUAGAGAAAUAAAUAAUUUUUUCAAUAUUUGGUUUUAGUAGUCUAUGUAAGUAAAUAUGAAAAUUCUACGCUUUAAGACGGUUAGUUUCGUACUAAGUAAUAAUCUCGUACAGUUUUGUAAUUGCUUCACACAUUAUUGUUUGAGCACGCGUCAAAGAUGAACACGAGCAAAGAGAAAAUUCAUCACACUUAACAGUGUUUCUUCGAUAAAUGCUGAAACGAAACAAAAUCGAUCCAUUGCUGAAGCAGAUGAUUUCUGAAGAUGAAAAAUAGUGCACUUAUGACGCGUGGAGCUGGCGCAAACGUUGACCAAGCCGGGAUUGACGGUCAUGAAAGUUUUUCUAUAUACUUGGUGUGGUUAAAAGAGAAUAAUUUACUAUAAGCUGCACCCCAACGGCCAAACUCUUAUCGCCCAGAAGCGGCCAGCUUUGACCAUUAGGAGAGAAGUUGUGUUCCAUCAGUACAACACCAGGCUACAUACAUAAGUAGUGAGCUGCCGUAAGCUACGGGAGCUCGGUUGGAAGGUUGUUGUGUAACCAGCUUAUACACCAGUUCUGGCACUAAGUGCUGACUGUUUCCGUCACUGGCGAAUGAUUUUGCUGUCAAAGAAUUCACAUCAGAAGAAUCUGUGAAAAUUGACUGUCCCAAGUUUUUGCCAAUAAAGGCGUUUUUUUCUAUAAGAGAGGCAUUAUGAGCUUACAUUCAAAUUGGCAACAAGUUAUCGAAAAUAACGGUGGAUAUUUGACGUAAAUCGAAUUAUUCUAACUAUUCUAUUCUUCUUACCAGAUUUUUUUCUUUUUACCAGACUUUAUAAUUAUGAUAUAAGUUUGUAAGUUAAUUAUUGAUAUUUUCUCGCUCAGGGGGUUUUUCUAAACGAGAAGUACAGAUAAAAUAUUUCCCUAACAAGAUUUUUGGUGUUUCAAACGAUUUCCAAAUUAUAGCCGUUUUAAUGUAGUUGCCAUAACACGACGAAAUUUCAAACGCGCUUUCCUCAAAACUAUUUUCUUCGAUGUCAUUAUCAUGAUAUCUCAAGUUCUAAUCAGCUGAUUUACUUGAAGUUUGACACAACUAUUUUUCAAGUAUCUCACUUGAAUAUACUCAUAUGAAUAAACAAAAGCGGUAAGCGAUUUUGUCAGUAAUUUAGCUAAGUAUAGGAAAAAAAAUUUCUUUAUUAAAAUUUUAUUAGGCAGAGAUCAUACACGCUGCUACCCUGCUAGUUGGAUUACCAUAAUUAAUUGCGUCAAUAAAUAAUAAAUUGAGUAUAAUUAUGGCUCAAUCACUCAAAUUGUGUGGAUAUUCCAAUUAUGGUUAUUUUUGGGCAUUAUACACGAAUAUUAAGCACCUCCUUUGUAAUAAAGCUUGGUUACAAGGAAAGUUCUGGUUUGCUAUGGAGUCUAUGGUAUAAUGUGCUUAAACAUCAGUAAGGUAAAACCUUCUUACAAACUCUAUCAGAUAAAUUUGGCAAGCCGACAAGAAAAGCGUUUUGUAAGAAGCACAGUUUUCCGGAUUCUUUGCUUGUACUUUUUGUCCUUCUUUUUUAAUUAUUAAAUUACUUUAACGUUAGGAAUAUGCAUAUGAAAAUAGUUUCUACUUACUUUCUAUAUAUAAAUUAAUUAAAACUUAAUUAUAAAAACCUUUUCAAGCUCAACGAAUUCAAAGUUAGUCAAUACAGAAAUAAAUUUGUGUGUAAUUAUGAAUCAACUUUAUAGUUAGUAAUGUAUGUAAUUAAUUAUUAAAUAAGUAUUUAAGCAGUUAAGCACUUAACGACAAUGCAUGAUAAUGAAAUAUGCAAACAAUAUAUUCGUAAACAAAUACAUACACAGAUAUACUGCAGACAAAAAGUAACAAUACCAAAUUAAAAUUAAACAAAAAGGCAUAAAAAAAGUUAAUAAGAUUUACAUGCAAGUGUGUGUGGGUGUGGGUGUAUAUGUGUGAGCUGGUACAAGGGUAUGCAAAUUGUGCGAGAAAAAUACAAAAAGAAAAAUAAUAAUGCAAUCAGACAUAGGAAAGAAUGAAAGAAUAAAGCAAUUAAGUGUUUGUAUGAGUGAGUGUGUGUGUGUAAAUAUGUGCAUGUGUGCGAUGCAAAAAGCACUUCACUGAGUGUUGUUUGUACACCAUAUGAAAAAUACGACAAAAAUAUGAAAUAAAAUGUCAAACAAAACAUUAAAUGAAAGCAAACCAAAAUUUUGCCGCGAAAUGUUGCCACAAAAGACGCGAGAGCAUAAAUGUAAUUAGUUAGAAGUGCAAUAGGGUGAGCCAAAAACUAAACCAUCGAAUUCAUAGAUUUAAAUGGACCUACAAGUAUAUGCGGAGUAAAAAAAAUUACUGCCAGCAAAAGUUUUUAGCUUAAUUUGAAACGGUUUUCAAGGCUUUCAAAUAGUUAUACGAUAUAAACAUAUAUCCCGCUGAGCUAGAUUUUUUGGAAAUUUUGUCUUUAACAAGAAACUGCAAUGUAAAAAAAUCUUUUGGGCUAUACAUGGUUCUAAAUUGAAGGUAUUUUUUAUGAAAACUAAGCUAUAAAUUUUUUCCAGCGAAUAUGUUUUUACUCCGCAUAUAUGUUGGUUAAUUUUAAACCAUUAAUUCGAAAGUAUAAAUUUGUGCUCACCCUAGUAUACAUAUAUGUAUGUAUGUGUGUAUAUGAAUAACGAACCAACGAGUAUUGUUGUUAAAUGUAAUUAAGUAAUUUAAGGAAAAUGAAAUGCAAGGAAACUGAAAAAGCCAUAAAUUUAUGCCACACUGUCACAAUGACUCAGCUCAAUGUUACGACGAGAGUUUAAAGCACUUGCUAAAGUGAUGAAAGUUGAUAUUGAAAAAUGUAAAAAUAUUAAAAUAAUGAAUGUAAUUGCAAUAACAUGUAUAACAACGGGUAAAAUUAGUAUUUAAAAGGCGCGCUUAGCUUCACAAACGGACUGACUUUAUGGUGUAUAAACUUACACCUACACACUAACAUUAGCAUCAGUGGGUUAUUCCAUGGUCAAAUCAGACGAAAAAAUCUUAAGCUUUAAAAUUGUCAAGACCGGUUGUUGUUGAAAAGAUUAUGUACACUCUAUUUGGAUGACAAAACGUAAGUUAAUUGUCACCAAAGUCACCUAACCGAAAAUCAGACCACGAGUUAUUUCGUUGGGUGAGUGAGUUCACUUAACCUCUUCUCCUAUGGUCUGAUCUAAGGUUGCUUAUUUCAAAAUCUUUUCUACAAUUUCUAUGACUUUUUUCAAUUUUUUUCGUUAUUUAGUGCAAAGUAAAAUCUCCAAUUUUUCUCAAUUUAUAACAAAUUGCGUGAAGUCUGUGGAAUCUGUAGAAUCAACCUUUAAAUAUUUUUCUUUUAUUAACUCCGUAACAGAAGCUGUCAGAUUCACAGUCUUAAUGCUUUCAAGCGUUUUUUCAUUCAAUAUUUUCAUAACAUUCAUUUGUUUUCAUUAACUUUCUAUGCUCUAACGAAUAUCCGCAUUUUUUUGGUUUUAAGUAAUUUAUCAAGACUAUUAGCAAUUAAAAAGUGUUUUCUUAAACUGUGGCAAUCCUGAUGAAAUUUAAAGCUUAAGAAGGCAGCGCUUUUCCCCACACGUAUGGUGAACAAAAUAAUGUAAACAAAUACAGUUGAUUUCUGCUUGUUUCUUGUUGCCUAUACAUUUCUGAUAUGAGCCAUGCACCAAGAAUUUUAAAGCUGCCAAGACUUUUAUAGUAAAAGUGAGGUAUUUAUGAGACGACGGUAACAGGUCUAAUGAAAAUUCCACAUAAAAUUUUCCACGAAAAUGAAUGAAUAACAUUUCGUAAACUUUUUAAGUAAAAUUUUUAUCGCUAAUUUCGCAAUUUUCAUCUUCGUCUAACAUAUAAAUGUAAAAGUGGAAUAUCUUUCGUUCUAACAAAUUGGUAUUCACCACUAUGCCCAAAAAGUACAACAGAUGUUUUAUUUGUAGAGGGGACUGUCAAUAGCAUUUGACAUUUUGACAAUUUAUCAGGAAAAGAGCUUUUUAGUUAUGAUGCAGUAUAGAAAAAUCCUGAUAAAUUGUCUAUCUUGACAAAGUAGCAAGAUGUUGAAUUUGUCAAGUGCACAGAAUAGAAUAGUCUCAUGAAUGGAAGGACUGCUCUUGGUAUGUCAAUUGGUUUUAAAUUCACUGAUUGAACAUUCUUUCUAAAAGGGAUUUGGCUUUCAACAACUAAUCUAAGAUUCAACUUUGGAUGUUAGACUGACCAACUGUGCAAAUAGUGUAUUCGGUUUAGUAUUUGCCAAGGUAUACGAGAAAUAGAGUUUCGAUAACAACGUCUAACUUAAAAAGAAACUUUGGGAACUUUUUGGCUUUUUGAGUAUAAGUAUUGUUGUAAAAAAAUGCAUAAAGGAUUGCUAAGUGUAUAUUUUUCUUAAUAAUUAUUAAAACCAGAAUUCAUUGCGUUCUACUUGCAUUUAAAUCAAGAUGCUGGAAUUUCUAUGGACAUGUAAUGAGAGCAGUGGUAUUCUGAAACAGUACACAACAUAUUCAAUAAUAAAUUUGCGCCGAAAGCAAAGCUUAAAAAUAAGACUUAUUAAUUUUCAAAUAUAUACUAAAAUUUCCAAAUCUGAUUAGAAACGUAUAAAUAGUUUUAGAAUUUGAUAAUAUUUUCUACUUUUCAAUACAAUGAAUUACAUACAUACACGGUAUCAAAGAACAUAUAUCAUAUAUGAUAUACGAAUUUCUAUAUAAAAUCACAACGGUUGCCAUAACAAUUUUAUAUCAUAGUAUUAUAUAUUAUUCCAUAUUACUUUUUUUUAAUUAAAAAAUUUUCAAAAUUCCACUUUGACGCUUUUUAUUGUAGCACAACAUCAUCUCUCUUGGAAUAACCCUUGUGCAACAAAAUUUUUUACUAACUAAAAUUUGCAUAUGCUAACAGACACAUAUACACUUACACACACACACACUCACAAUUAAAUUGACAGCGAACGCAUACGAAACACGGAAAAUAAAAUAGUUUAGAAAAACCGUUAGCGUAGCGGAAAUGUGCUGCUAAAGGCCAUUAGGUAAUUGCAAAAGUGCUUUGAGUUUUUCUACAAAAUACGGGUGUAUACUUGUAUUUGUAUAUAUGUAUAUGCAUAUAUAUAUUUACAUAUACGUCUUUAUAUACAUGCUUUUACAUGUAAGUAUAUACAAUAAGUAUGUAUAUAUUUCGGUUUUUAUAUAACUUUUACAAUAGUAACAUGUUUUGUUAAAACAAAACUAUUUAGAAAGCAAAUACGCAUUCAUACAACACAGUAAACACACACAUACAAACAUAGCGCUUGUGCGAGAGUGUGUGUUUGUGUGUGCUUAUAAUUACUAAAGAAAAUAGCAAUUGAAAGUGUAAUUAAAGAAGAAGCCGGCAAAAAGUGCGCUAAUGGCACAAACGAUAAACAAAAUUGUGGAAGCAUAGAAUUAAAGGAAAGACUAAGAAUAUUAAUUAAAGCGGAAAAUGCAAAAAAUUAAAAAAAAAACGUAAAUAAAUUUAAGGAAAAGCAACAAUUAAAGUUUACAAAAUAAUUAAAACUAAUUACCGAGAGUAGCUAAAGCAAGUAGGAAAAACAAGAAUAUGCAAUUAAAGUUUCAUAAAAGGCAACCAUAAACACAACAAACACAAAAAUAAGUAAGUAAAAUAAAAAUAGUUAUAUAUACUUUAUUAUAUAUAAAUGGUUCAACUACACGCGCAUUAAUAAACGAAAGCACCGCAAAUCAUUAUAGAAUUAACUGAAAAUCGUUGAAGCAACUUUUCAAACCGCAUUAAUAUACCGUAAAUAACGCUAAGCUGCAGCAAACACACACAUUACGUGUUACAUGUUCACUCAAAAAUUGCUGGCUUCGCUGUGCACUCAAAUAAAGUUAAACGAAAUUAAAACUAACUCAUGCACAAUGUUUCUAUAUGUAAAUAAAACUUUAAUUUAGGUUAAUUGCAACAAAAAUGUAUAUAUGGUAUAUACAUAUAUUAUAUAUAAUGAGAUAUAUAUUUAAAAAUAUAUAGUAAUUAAAUAUAACAUAAUCUUAAGUAAUUAAAUAAGUUAGGAAUAUAUAUAAUAGGGUAUCCGUUAUUUCCCAAAUUGAUUUUUGACUCUGCAGCGCCCCAAAAUUUAUAGUAAAUGUUUUAAAAAAAAAUUAUGAAACCCACUUCAGCUUUUAAUAUUAAUAAUAACCCGUACCAAAGAUGAUUAAUUUUCCUUUUAAAUAACAUAGGGUUUUCGUACUUUUUGCAAUUAAUUUUUUCUUUGCGAAGCCAAUUAAUACAUUGCUGCGCUAUCGAAUUAUUUUAUAGGAAAUUGAACGCCUUACAAAAUUUUUCUGUGGCAUUUUUCAAAAAAUUCACUUGCGUCAAAGUUAUUCAAAAUCAAAGUUGAACUACUAUAUGCAUCAGCUGUACUGUAUUCAUAUAGUACACCAUGUCGCAUGAGUAACAUAGAACUUAUAAGGCACUUGCAUGAAUGCUCUAGUUUGAUGUAUAACUUUAACUGCGUAUAACUUUCAAACGAAAGAUUUAUGGAAAAAAUUAUUAAGAUCUUUUUUUUUAGAACAAUAAAUUUGGUAUUACAGUAUCACUUUUUUAAGACUGUAAAUUUAAUUUGUUAAUGCAAAAUAUACCGUCUAAAUUAAAAAUAAAGAGCUCGUUUACGUUGCGCCUUUAUUUUUAGGGCUAAAACUAUAACUUCCGGGGCGUUUGCAACAACAAUCAACGUGGAAAGUAACGGACACGCUAAUAUAUAAUAUCUGCGGACAAAAUGUCUAAAUGUGCUAUAUUUAUGACCAUGUAGUGGCUGAACGCUUGCAGACUGCUAAAUUCAAUGCAUUUAAUAGCGUAAAUUACAGAAAGACAACAUAUGCAUUAAAAAUAGUACGCAAAUAGAAUAAUGGAAAGAACAGGAACAAAAAAAAAAUUUUUUGAAAAUUAAAAAAAAAAGAAACAACUUUUCUCAGAAUUCGUUAGUUAUGCCUCUUUUUUUAAUUUUUCCCAAAAUUUAUUAUUUUUUAGCCUUUACAUACCUGAAUGCAUGCAUGUCAACCAACAAAUUACAAAAACAAAAUUCAAUUUAAAAAUUAUUCUUGACAAUUUUAUAAAUUUUGAAGAUAUUUCAAAUAUUAAUUUCGAUUUUCGACAGAUCUUUGUCCUCAUUCGACUAUAUUCGCUGAAACCUUAUGAGGAAGUUCGAAUCAUAGCUACAGAAUUUUUGUACCGUUAAUUUUCUCCACAAGAUGAUACCUAUUUUGGUGUAUCCUUUAAAAAGGUUAUUGGCUAAUCGUCUGUAAUCUUGAAAACUAGCCUAACUUAAAAUCACAUAACAUUACUGUACACAACUCCAAAGCUCUGGAUGCCAAUUGCCAACAAGUAGUAUGAGCUAAUAUAUGACACUGUUUAUUUGCUGAUAUGAUGACUGGUAUUGUCUUCGUUCAUAAUCACAAUACUACCGUAGUCGAUAAGAGAAAGCAGAGUGCUGUUGGCGCAGACUUUACAAGUACCUAGGGUUCUUUGAAUAGCGUCUAGCUGUAUUUAUCAUUGCUUAUGAUUCUACAUACCAACUCGACUUUCGAUACUAUAUUUCUCGUUUUCACUAUAUCUGUUUACUUAUUUUUUCUUUCCACAUACAUUUGAGGCGAUCAAUCAAGUAAUCAAAGUAUAAUUAAAGCUGCCAACAAAAGCUCUAGAGCAAUUUAUUGACACACAUACAUACAUAUGCACACGUAUGAUAUAUAUGUACAAAGCUAUAGUUAUUUAUGCAUGGCUGUCUGCAAGUAUACAUAAAUAAAAAAAUGCUUUAAUAAAAAAUCAAAUCGUUUCCACUAACAUUACUUAUGCCACAGUUCGAUGUCCUUGCCACAAAACCAAAAAAAGACUCUGCUAAAGAUAUAAUGUAUGUACUAACACAUAUGUAUGUAUGUUAAAACAUACAAACAAGUUGUAGGUAAAUAUUUAAAUAAAUAACAAAUAUAUAUAUAUAUAUUGCUUACAUAUUUGUAUAUAUAUUGAAGCAAAUAAAUAUACAACAACAACCAAAAUAUGUUCGCCGCUCUAUAUUUCGUGUGGGGGAAAAAUCAAAUACAUUAAUAUAUUAAAAGCGCAACAACAAAAAGACACGAUUUGCUGAGUUUAAGUGUAAAUCUAAAAUAAAUAAAUAAUUGUAGGUAAAAAAAAUAAAAUCGCAUAAUUAACUAUUAAUUGUGCGCGUAUUGAUGUGGCAACAUAUUAAGAGGCACACUAUGAAAUAAAAAAAAUGUUUUUAUAACUUUUUUUACAUAAUAUAUUUUUUUCAUACAAUUUUUUUUUUGUGCAGUGACUGCUUUUUAUAAAAGAGCAGCAAAUGAAUAGUAAUUAUGUAUAUGAAAACAUAAUAAUAUGCUAAUUAUAAAUAAUUGCAAAAAAUACAUACCUUCACAUCUACACACACAUAUAUACUAAAAUGCUCUGGAAAUGUGGCUUUACUAUUAUAUAUACAUACAUACAUACAUACUUACAAAAGUUUAUAAAAAUUUAUAUUUGGUAACAUUUUAAAUGUUUAUAAGCUCAAGCCGAAAAGCUAUUUAAGAUGAACAAAAAGCGUAUGCACACAACAUUUAUAAUAUAUAUUAUAUGCAUACAAGCCUACAUGCUGUCACAAAGAAACAUUGUCUAUGGUAUGUAUGUAAAUAAUUUGUAUAAUUUAACUUCAAAACAAAACACCAGAAAAGAUACACAGAGAAUAACACAACGACAUAAACUAUGAAAAAAAUAUUUUGACAAAUUCUUCUAUACAAAUUUUAUUUAAUUUAAAAAAA